CAAAAGGCAAAAAUCAUGGAUAAUUUGAAGCCAAUACUUCUGCUGAUUCUAUUAUCUGGACCACCCUCGAAUGCGUCAUUCCAGCGCGCUGUGGUUUUAGAGAUGGCUAACAUUCUCCUGGACAACUAUUGCUAUCCUGAGAGCCUGCUUGGCAUGCAGGAGGCCAUCCAACAAGCCAUCAACAGUGGAGAAAUCCUGCAGAUUUCAGACAAGAAAACGCUGGCAUCAGUGCUGACAGUCGGAGUACAGGGGGCGCUGAACGAUCCUCGCUUAACCGUUUUGUACGAACCCAACUACGUGCCAGUAACACCUGCGAUAUUGCCAUCUUUGCCCAGAGAUCAACUUAUCCGUCUGGUAAGAAACUCUGUUAAGUUAGAUAUCUUUGAAAACAAUGUUGGAUACUUGCGUAUGGACAGGAUCAUUGGGGAGGGCACAGCAGCAAAGCUCGGCUCUCUGCUGAAGGACAACAUCUGGAACACUAUCGCUCGCACAUCCUCACUGAUCUUGGACUUGAGGUACAGCACAGCUGGGGAUCUGUCUGGAGUUCCCUUCAUCAUUUCUUUUUUCUCUGAGCCUACGCCCCCAAUUCAUAUCGACACUGUUUACGACAGGCCAUCGAAUACGACCACUGAGUUAUGGACUGAGCCUGUGAUUAAGACAGAAAGGUUUGGAAAAGACAAAGACCUGAUUAUCUUGACAAGUAAACGUACGACUGGUGCAGCUGAGGCAGUGGCCUUUACAUUGAAACAACUAGGCAGGGCUGUUACGGUUGGAGAAAGGACAGCUGGUGGAUCGGUUAAAGCACGGAAGAUCCGGAUCGCUCGCUCAGAAUUCUACAUAACGGUUCCCGUUGCUAGAUUCCUCAGUCCAAAGGCAGGUCAAGGCUGGGAGGUCAGUGGUGUCCCGCCGACUGUCAACAUAUUGGCCAAGGAAGCUGUUGCGAAGGCUAGGUCGGUUCUAGCUGUGAGAAGAAUCAUUCCUUAUGUGCUCCGGCAUAUUUCUGAUAAAAUUCAGCGCUUCUACGCUUUCACUGACAGAGUUCCGGUCAUACUUCAGCAGUUACAGCAAAGAGACAUAUUCUCAGUGGUGUCUGAGGAAGACCUCGCAGCCACCAUCAAUCUGGAACUUCAAACUGCUACAGAAGAUCCACGAUUAACAGUGAAGCUCUUGAAAAUGAAUCCUACUAACACAGACGAAGAGCACGUGAGUUACAAAGUCCCAAACGAUCCAAAACUAUUGCAGGAAGUAGUAGACUCUACCUUCAAAGUUGAGUUGCUACCUGGAAAUACUGGCUAUCUUCGCUUUGACAGGUUCCUACGGUGGCCUGCGAGAGGCAAACUGGACGAGCUUUUGGCGAAAAAGGUGUGGGAGCCUCUAAAGGGCACUGACAACCUUGUUAUUGAUUUGCGUUACAACACAGGAGGCCCUUCUUCCUCCUUGGUUACUUUACUAUCCUAUCUGCAUGAUGCUUCGCCAAAGAGGACCUUUUAUACGUCAUACGACAGGAUUCGCAACACAACGACAGAACAUGGGUCGAUAACAAAAAUCACUGGACCGGUUUACGGAUCCAAGCGUGGCAUUUACGUGUUAACCAGCCACUUCACAGCUCGCACGGGCGAGGAGUUUGCGUAUCUGAUGCAGUCGCUGCAUCGUGGCGCAGUCAUUGGGGAAAUAACCUCUGGCAACCUCAAGCAAUCCGUCACGUUUCAAAUUGAGGGCACCGACUUUGCCCUCACUGUUCCUUACAUAAACUUUUUCGACAAUAAUGGGGAGUUCUGGUUGGGAGGUGGUGUGGUCCCAGAUGCGAUCAUCCUGGCUGAUGAAGCUGUGGAGUAUGCUCAGAAGAUUGCAGAUUUCCACCGAGGAAUCAAGUCGCUUGUCGAGGGAGCAGGACAGCUUCUAGAAGAACACUACGCAAUCCAUGAGGUUGCGUUAAACGUCAGCAAAACCCUCUUAAAUAAGUGGGCAGAGGGGUUCUAUCGCUCCGUGGUUGACGUUGAGUCUCUGACAUCCCAGCUAACAGCAGACCUACAAGAGACUGCAGGCGAUCACAGGCUGCAUGUCUUCCACUGCGAUGUGGAGCCAGAAAAACUUCACGAAGUGCCUCAAAUCCCUCCAGCGGACGAAGUGGAACAUUUCAUCGCCGCUCUGUUCAAAGUUGACAUCCUACCAGGUAACAUUGGUUACCUGCGCUUUGACAUGAUGGCAGACGUAAAGGUGAUUCAAGCUAUUGGACCUCAGCUGGUGAAAUUGGUGUGGACCAAAGUCGUAAACACGGACACCCUCGUAAUUGACAUGCGCUAUAACACUGGCGGCUUUUCCACAGCGGUUCCUCUCCUGUGCACCUAUUUCUUCGAUCUAGGACCUUUACAGCACCUCUACACCGUUUAUGACCACACAAGUCGCACCAUGACAGAAGUGAAGACAUAUCCACAUAGCAUUGGACAAAGAUAUGGCGCCACUAAGGAGGUCUACAUACUGACUAGUCACAUGACCGGAUCAGCUGCCGAACUCUUUACUCAAACUAUGAAGGACUUGAAGCGUGCCACAGUUAUUGGGGAGCCAACAAAUGGUGGAUCUCUAUCUAGUGACACCUACCAGAUCCAAGACAGUGACCUUUAUGUUUCCAUUCCAAAUCAAGUGGUCUUGAGUGCCAUCACCAGGACAAUGUGGAGCCUCACGGGUGUUGAACCGGAUGUGAAUGCUCAAGCAAGUAACGCUCUGUCCGUGGCACAGAGGAUCAUCGCCGCAAAGAUGUUGAAAAACGAUAGUUUUUACAUUAGGGAUGGUAAUGCCAAAGUUUUCACCAAUAUUCUAUCCACUUCAACUCACCAGCCUCAGCUUCUGAGGUUUUUGGUUUUAGACAUUCUAAAUCCGUACUUGGAUCUUGUCAUUGAACGCUCACUCUUGUUGUUGACUUCGAGAAGCACACUGGAUAAUAGGAUUAUUGGUUUAUUAUGGAGAGCAUUUGACAAGGAGCCUCAUUGGGAGCGGAGGUUCAACUUUCACACGCUGAGGAAAACAAUGGCGAGUGCUCUAGCUUUGGUUGCUUGUCUUCUAGUUUUGAAAAAUGUCCAAGCCACAUUUCCACCCACCCUCAUCACGGACAUGGCCAAAAUCGUCAUGGACAAUUACUGCUCACCAGAGAAGCUGAUCGGAAUGAAGGAAGCGAUUAAUGCAGCCGCGGAAAACACCGAAGUCCUCAACAUCCCUGAUGGCGAAUCCCUGGCGAGGGUGCUCAACGCUGGAUUCCAAACCACUGUUGGCGACCAUCGCCUGAGAAUCUCCUAUGAGCCCAACUACGUUCCCGCUGUCGCCCCAAAGAUGCCCCCGUUGCCCCCGGAGCAGCUUGUGGCAGUUAUCCAGACCUCGAUCAAGCUGGACAUUCUGGACGGCAAUAUCGGCUACUUGAGAAUUGAUCACAUCAUGGGGGAGGAGGUUGCUGAGAAGAUUGGACAGUUGCUUAUCGACCUGGUCUGGAGUAAAAUCCUGCCCACCUCAGCUCUUAUCUUUGACCUGCGCUACACCGGCAGCGGUGACAUCUCUGGACUCCCCUACAUCGUGUCUUACUUUACUGACCCAGAGCCAGUGCUACAUAUUGACAGUGUGUACGACCGUCCAACGAACACCACAACCAAGUUGAUGUCGAUGUCCACACUGCUCGCUGAGAGGUACGGCAUCUCUAAACCUCUCAUUAUCCUGACAAGUAAGAACACGAAGGGUGUUGCUGAAGAUGUGGCCUACUGCCUUCAAAACCUGAAAAGGGCGUCUAUUGUGGGGGAGAAGACAGCUGGGGGGUCGGUGAAAGUUGAGACAUUCAGAGUAGGGGAUGGUGAUUUCUAUGUCACGAUCCCAACUGCCAAGUCCAUCAACCCCAUCACUGGCUCAACGUGGGAGGUUACAGGAGUCAGUCCUGACGUUGCAGUCAAUGCAGAGGAUGCCCUCGCCACGGCUAUCAAGAUCGUCAACCUCCGAGCACAAGUCCCUGCCAUUAUUGAGGGAGCUGCCAUCUUGAUCUCUGAAAAGUAUGCCUUUGAGGACAUUGGCUCUGCGGUUGCAUCGAAGUUGAAAGGGCAUCUGGCUGAUGGUAAGUACAGCCUGGUGGUCUCCAAGACUCAACUGGAGGAAAAACUGUCUGCUGAUCUGAAGAGCCUUUCUGGAGACAAGAGUCUGAAGACGACUAGCAACAUCCCAGCUCUGCCCCCUCUGAACUACACUCCAGAAAUGUACAUCGACCUCAUCAAAGUGUCCUUCACCACUGACAUUCUCGAGAACAACAUCGGAUAUCUGCGCUUUGACAUGUUUGGUGACUUUGAGGAGGUCAAGGCCAUCGCUCAGAUCAUAGUUGAGCACGUGUGGAACAAAGUUGUCAAUACUGAUGCCAUGAUCAUUGACCUCAGGAACAACCUGGGAGGGCCGACGACAGCCAUUGCGGGCUUCUGCUCUUAUUUCUUUGACGCCGACAAGCAGAUUCUGCUGGACAAGUUGUACGACAGACCGUCUGGCACCUACAUCGAGCUCAAGACUCUGCCUCACCUCACUGGCGGAAGGUACGGCUCCAAGAAGAGCCUGAUCAUCUUAACCAGCCGUGCAACUGCCGGUGCAGCCGAAGAGUUUGUAUACAUCAUGAAGAAACUUGGCCGCGCUAUGAUCGUUGGUGAAACCACCGCUGGAGCAUCCCACCCACCCGUAACGUUCCCAGUUGGUGAUACCAACGUCUUCCUCAGCAUCCCCACCAUCCACUCCGACACCGCCGCUGGACCUGCAUGGGAGGGGGCCGGCAUCGCACCACACAUACCAGUCUCUGCCGAGGCUGCCCUUGAGACAGCCAAGGGCAUCUUCUACAAGCACAUUGCAAGCCCAAAGUAAAUUAUGUCUGGAAUAAACAGCGAGAAGGUUCUAUUCUCUUUUUGCUUUGGGAGCCAAAUAGUUUCACACUGAGAAUUUAAUCUUUCUGGGCGAGCAAGGAAUGUUAUAAUGCACGGCGUCUACAGUUAGAGCCUCGGGUUUAAUUCUCUGAGUUCAUAAGCCUUUUCAUCAGCAUGCUUGGAAUACAGCUUUUAGGCUGAAAACAGCUUUAUUUCUGCUUAUCUGAAUAUGUGAUGGAUCAGUUCUGGACUCAUCAUCAUUGCAUGUAGCAUUAUGUACUUUACAACAUUGUUACUUCAAUUUGUAACCAAGAUAUGGAACACCGAGACUCAGUUUCAUAUUUAAUGAGGGGUCAUGUAUCAUUCCGCAAUGAUACUUUUCAAAAUUCUAUGUUGAGAAGCAAUAAAAAGAUACAUUGGCUACUAAAA